AAAUAUUUUCCUCUACACGUAGAGGAAAUCUUUGAAAAUACGUGUUAUAUUUGUACUUUGUACCAUUCCUCCAAAUCAAUAGUCUACAUAGUGUAGUAUGUAGGAGUUGAGUUUCAUUUAUAAAUAAACUUGAAAAAUGAAAUGAGGAAAAUAUCUGGAUAUGUAGACAAAUUCAAUUGUAUUAGGUUCAACAUUGAAUAGAAAAUAGAAACGUCUUUCAAAAAAGCGUAAUAUUCCUUUUGAAUUUUCGGUGGCAUGUUGCAUCAUUCUUAUCCUAUGACCUUCCUCAAUAAAAACGUAACAAAGCAGCGGCGAGCGACGGUGAUUUUUUGUAAUUAAAUUCAUUCAAUCGUUAAUCGACUACAAGUCACGUCACCGGUCCGCACUUCUCUCCUGUUCGGUACCUGAAACGUAUUAGAAAACAAUUUGUUUUUUAUUUUUAUUGUCCAUAACAUUCCUUCGUCAUAUUCUGUCCGAAAAAUAUGGGAGUUCACGGACGUGCUUUGCAUUUUGUUUUCAAGGUACCCGAUAGGGCCAAAACCGUAAAAUUCUACCGGGAUAUCCUCGGCAUGAAAGUUCUGCGACAUGAAGAAUUCUCUGAAGGUUGUGAGGCUUCUUGCAAUGGACCCUAUGCAAAUAGAUGGAGCAAAACUAUGAUUGGCUACGGUCCUGAGGACAAUCAUUUUGUGGUAGAAUUAACUUAUAAUUAUGGAAUAAAAUCGUAUGAAAAAGGAAACGAUUUCAUUUCCAUGACUAUCAAAAGUAGGGAAGCUUUGGAAAGGGCCAAAAUGGAAAACUGGCCUGUCCUGCCGGACAACACACUUGAAGCUCCUGGGGGAUACAAAUUCAGGAUACUUGAUGAGCCACAACCCACAAAUUCUGAUCCAGUGCAGAAAGUCACCUUGAGUUGUUCAGCUCUGCUCAAAUCAAUAACAUUUUGGAACAAUAUCCUUGGUUUAACUAUUUUCGAAAGAACUGACAAGACAGUAUUAUUGGGAUUCAAGCAAGAAGAAGCCAAAUUAGAAUUAGUGCAAAGUGAUGAACCCAUAAAUCGUGCGAAAGCAUUUGGAAGAAUAGCAUUUUCUUGUCCCCACGGUGAACAAGAAGGGUUAGCGAAGAAAGUAGAGGAAAAUAAAGUCAAAGUAAUCCACCCUCUAACAGUUUUACCAACACCUGGAAAGGCUGAUGUGCGAGUCUUGAUUAUAGCAGAUCCAGAUGACCAUGAAAUAUGUUUUGUCGAUGAUGAAGGUUUCAGGGAGCUAUCCAAGGUGGAUCCGGAGGCGAAUAAACUAGUCGAGAGAUAUAUAAAAACUGAUAAAUCUUGAUUGGUGUAUCUACCUACGUAAUGGAAGAUUCAAAGUAUGUACAAUUUGUACAAUCCAUUUUAUCAGAUUUUUAUUAAGAGUAUUUUGGAUUAAAAAAGUUUUUCAAUAAAAUUAUGUUCAUUUA